UGGAGGCGGGACCAAGACGACGCGGUGGGAGGUGGGGUCGGUGCUGCGCGGUCACGCAAGCGCCGCUGAAGGCGGCGGGAUCUGAGAGGAUCAGCCUCGCUGUGGGAACCAACAGGAAGCAGCAUGGUUUAAGAAGCUGGAGCACUUUUUUUUGUGGAAAGGGAAGCAUUUAAGGCAAACGAGAGCUUUUGGAAAUACUGAAACCUGUGACCCUUCUCUGAUGCCUCCAGUUCUUGCAGUGGUGAACAAAGUAAUCCACCCUGAGUCAUCACUCUGCUGAUCCCUGAUCUCUCGCUGUAAUGUCUGUGCCCGUAAUGGACAAACACAAAGUAAAACGUGCGCGUCUUGAUCGGAUUUGCGAAGGUAUUCGUCCUCCGAUCUUAAAUGGCCCAAUGCACCCACGUCCUUUGGUGGCGCUGUUGGAUGGUCGGGAUUGCACUGUGGAGAUGCCUGUCCUGAAAGACGUUGCAACAGUGGCAUUCUGUGAUGCACAGUCUACUCAGGAGAUCCACGAGAAGGUACUAAAUGAAGCAGUGGGUGCCCUGAUGUACCACACCAUUACAUUAACACGAGAGGACCUAGAGAAAUUCAAAGCACUUCGAAUUAUCGUCAGGAUUGGCAGUGGCUAUGACAAUGUCGACAUCAAAUCAGCUGCAGACUUAGGGAUUGCCGUGUGCAACAUUCCCUCGUCAUCGGUGGAAGAGACAGCCGACUCCACACUGUGUCACAUUUUAAACCUUUACAGACGGUCAACGUGGCUGCACCAGACUUUGCGAGAGGGGACGAGGGUGUCGAGCGUCGAGCAGAUCAGAGAGGUUGCUGCAGGAGCGGCUCGGAUCCGGGGGGAGACUCUGGGCAUCAUUGGCCUGGGCCGUGUUGGUCAGGCAGUGGCUUUGCGGGCAAAAACGUUUGGAUUUAAUGUGAUUUUCUACGACCCGUACCUGCCGGAUGGUGUGGAGAAGUCGCUUGGGCUCCAGAGAAUAAGCACCUUACAGGACCUGCUGGUUCACAGUGACUGUGUGACCCUGCACUGCAGCCUGAAUGAGCACAAUCACCACCUCAUCAAUGACUUCACCAUCAAACAGAUGCGUCAGGGGGCAUUCCUGGUGAACACAGCACGAGGGGGGCUGGUGGAUGAGAAGGCACUGGGCCAGGCACUGAAGGACGGACGGAUACGAGGGGCAGCGCUGGAUGUCCAUGAAUCUGAACCUUUCAGUUUUAGUCAGGGACCCCUGAAGGAUGCACCAAACCUGAUCUGCACCCCACACACAGCCUGGUACAGCGAACAGGCUUCCAUUGAAGUGCGGGAGGAGGCAGCUCGAGAGAUCCGCAGAGCUAUCACAGGCCGCAUUCCGGACACCUUAAAAAACUGUGUGAACAAAGAGUAUUUGGCAGCAGCUGCUCAGUGGACUAGCAUUGACCCGGUGGCUGUACAUCCCGAGCUGAAUGGGGCUGCUUACAGAUUUCCGAGUGGAGUGGUCGGGGUAACAGCAACAGGCAUCUCGGCUGCUGCUGUCGAAGGAAUCGUCACAGGCGCCAUCCCAAUGCAGCACGGGAUACCUUCAGUAGCCCACCCUUCACACACACCAUCCCCCAGCCAGACAUCCAAAUCAGAACCUGACAGAGAUAUCCCAGCUGACCAAUAGCAGCUCUCAAGAAGAAAAGAAAUGGCAUUCCUCACCUUUUGACCUUUAACCUUCUGCCAGGAAGUUGACCUGAAGUUCACAGCAAAAAAAAACUGGGACUGCAAAGUGUAGUUUGUGCAGUUAAACAGAAAGUGUGGAGGCUUUACUGCAUUUCCAAUUGACGUAUGUAAUUCUGUGACUUUGUAUGAAAAGGAUAAAAGCGAAACCUUGUAGUACCUCAAGUCAGCCAUGAAUGUACUCUGUCCGUGUACAGUUUUGUAGAAACCACAAAUUUGUUUAGCUGUGAAUAUACUUUUUAAAAAAAAAGUGAAAAUAUACAGGACUUCCUACUUUUGCAUACGGAGAUGCUUUGUCAGUGCACAAAAUUCUCAGGCGAAAACUAAUAACUUCAUGAUUUUAUUGUCUUAGUUCUCUUGGUGAUUUGCCAAGUCCCUUCAGUGUCUGUGUUCACAAUGGCUGUUAGCGGUCGAGGGAGACCCACUGGGCUAGCGACAGUUCUCCCAGUUACAAAACCCCGUGAAAACUGCAGUGCAUCGACGGACCCUGGUCUUCUUUCCAACCUCGCUCCCUCCCACUGCCCUCUCCAUUGUCCGACCCCCCCCCCCCCCCCCCCCCCCCCCAUGAGAGCAAGCCCCCAGCUGUGUAUAAUGCUUCUUGGUAUGUUCAUAGUUCAACCUGACUCACCUGGACAAGGUUGGCAUCUCCCUGUCCUUGCUGUGAUUAAGAUGAGGGCAGCUGCACAGUCUGAUUUCCCCCCCCCCCCCCCCAUUAACCGUGUUCUGCCAAUUUACUUACACCUUGCCAUUCCUCCCCACCUCUCUCCCUCUCCCCCCGCUCCCUGCCCCCCCCCAAGAAAAAAACGCAAUGACUCGGGAUUAGAAAUGGGUUUGAUUUAAUAACCAGCACGUGAGCUUCUGUUUGGCUUAUUGCAUGGAGCACUGUGUGGGGGUUAGGGGACUGGAAAUGAGAGGCUGGGUUUUAUUUUUGUCUGCUUUAUCCCUCAGUUUAGGACAAAGAGUGUGUUGAAAUGCUGUAUUCUGGAUCUGUGUGUAAGCAAUCCCAAAGUAGCAAUGGAACUUUGCAUCAGGUGUACCUGAAGGGACUUGAAAUGACCGUACUAUCUUCACAGCGUGGAUUUUCACGGAACACCUUUUUAACAUUAAAGGAUUAAGAAACAAAAAAAACCAAGGUUAUUUCUUUUUCUUCUGUUUUAGAAUGAGCAUUUAUAAUGUCAGUUGUAAUGUGAAGUAGAUCCCAGAUUAGGAAUUCAAUCUCCUGAAUCCCUCUCUUGUUACGGCCAUCAAUACUGGGUGCCAGCCUCUGAUUGCUGAAGAUGGUUUUAUGCUUUCUCUUUUCACUCACAUCCCUCUGCUCCUUUAUCAGUUUCCUUUUUUUGUUAGAAACAAUCAUGUUUGUGGCUGUAAUCAUUGGUAUGAAAUAUUUUAAUAAAACCAACAGCAAAAAGACAAACCUGGAGCCAACCUG